CGUGGAGCCAAACUGUGCAAUGCCUGCAAGGUCUGUUUGUGAACAGCUGUUCUGUGUUGGCAACGUGAACCAGGGAAACCAUUUUCACACUGAAGUCAUGGUCAUGUGCUCUGCAUUUGUAUGUCAUUUGCAGGAUGCAGGCAGAAUGCUGACUAUUGAGGGUGCAAAUAUGUAAUGCAAUAAGGUGCCAUGGAGCAAGAGAAGAGAAAUAAAUGGAAAAACAAAAUGAAGGAGCUAGUGUCAAACAGUACAACCAGUAUUUCUCAAGCCAGAAAAGCUGUGGAGCAAUUAAAAAUGGAAGCAUACAUGGAUAGAAUGAAGGUAUCCAAGGCUGCAGCAGAUUUAUUGGCAUAUUGUGAUGCACACAUUGGAGAAGAUCCCCUUAUUAUUCCUGUACCUGCAUCUGAAAAUCCCUUUAGGGAGAAGAAACUCUUUUGUACUAUCCUUUGAGUCAGUUUUCAAUUAAAAAUGUCAUCUACUAAAACUUGGUAUCAGUGUUGCAUGCUUUUAGCAUUUUUUCCUUCAGAUGUCAAUACUUACCCCUUAAGUACAAUAUUUUUGGAAGGUAGUGCAAUUUCUGCUAAAAAAACCCCUAAAAUUAAAAAGAAAAGCCCUUAAAAUUCAACAUAAUGCUUGUGUUUCAGAGCAAUGUACAAGUUUAACUUCAGUUCUUCAUAAAUAUUCUUUUGGUCUUAAUGAAAAUAUCAAGUACAAUAUCAAAUUGUAGAUAUCUUUGCCAGUCAUAGAUUUUUCUGGGACCUAAAUGAGUCAUACCAAUUCUUGAAGCUAUUUUUAACAUUCUUAUUUUCUUUGGAAGGUGAAUUCAGUUCAAUUGCCUUUACAAAUUUCUGUCUAAAGAGAGUAGUGUGACCUUUUCCUCAAGUAGCACUAUUGAGGAAAAAGUCCCAGUGAUUUACAAUGUUUAGAAUGAUUGGUUUUAUACAGUAAGUGGUGUCUAUAAACGUGUUUUUGAAGACUGUAAGAAACUUGACUACAGAAACAAUCUAGUAAAGCGCCGUUGUAGCUACAAGCAGAAUGAAGAUGUAUAGUCACACACGAGCAUUGCAUCAAUAAAA